AUGGAGCCCGACCGCCCCCGUCCCCCGCUACCUCAGCGUGAAGUCCGCUCUCGCCCUCGCGAUCGAGCGUCGACUCCGCUAAGUGAAGUGCAAAGUGAACCGUGCCGCGAUGACGAACAUUCCGCGCGCGGUGAUGCCAGCAUUGUACGUGCAGAUGAUUCUGGCAGGGCGCUGCAUGAUGCUGCGCCCGCCGAAUCAACGCAGACCUCUAAAUUGAGUGCCUCGACCGCAUCGUCGUCAUAUGACGAGUCAUCUAUGACCACGACGGCCGAGUCCGCCGACUCCCCGACCUCUUCGCCGACUGCGCCUCCUCUCCGGUCUCCGAGCCUACUCGAGAUGCUGUCGGCAGAUAAGCAGCCGUGUCCCGCCUUGUCUCCAAAGGCGGAACACAACUCGGACACAGUGUCCGCCGCACUGGUGGCAAGCUGUGGCGCCUUCUCCCCGUUUAUACAGGGGGUCAUUCGCUCUGCGCUCGAGGAGCGCGAGCGUGCCCUCAAACAACGGGGAAUCUUGGACGAGUCAGCCGUGAUCACGGCCGAAGAAGAAAAUCGGGCGUACGAGGCCCUACAGCGCCUCGUCCCCCUCCGCCGCCCUCGCUCGAGCACCGACGAUGAGGCCGCCGGGCGCGAGGCGAAGCGCCUAUGCGCUAUGCCCGCGCACGCUGCGCGCGACCCGCGCCUCCAACGCCGUGCCGCCACCACCGAGGCUGCAGCCGAUGCCGCCGCCGCGCUGCCUGUUGCCGCGCCGCCCGCUGCCGCGCCGCCUGUUGCCGCGCCGCCUGGCGCCGCGCUGUCUGCCGUCGCAGUCGCGCCGCCUGCCGCCACACAGUCUGCCGCCGUAGUCGCGCCUUCUAUUGCGACUUACGCCGGCGCUGCCGCCGCCGUCGCCGCCGCACCUACUGUGCAGGCGCGCCCACCUCGCGCCCCUGCCGCGCAGCCAGCUGCAGCUAAGCCGAGAUACCCGCCGAUCGUCGUCGAGUACCUACCAGACUGGGUACAUCACCUCGGCGAGAUUCGGCGGCUACUCGGCCGCACCGCCAACACACGCUCCUAUGGGCGUGGCCACCGCAUCACGCCGGAGACCGAGGAGGAGUACCGUGUGGUGCAGCGGUACCUCUCCGACCUACAGCAGCGGGACCAGAGGGUGACCUGGUUCUCCUACUCCAUCCCGGCCGAGCGCGAGCUGAAGGUGGCAAUCCGCGGCAUCCCGACGGAGGCGCGAAACAAACGCGCCGGCACCGUCGCCCGCACUGGCCAAUCGCGUCCCACUACGCGUGCCGCCACAACGACACAAACUGCGUCGCGCCGCGCGCAAAGUGCGCCGCGCCGCGCGCGCAGUGCGCCGCGUCCUGCGCAGAGCGCCGCGCCUGCUGUCGCCACUGCGGCCCCUGCCGCCGCUGCAACAUCCCGCCCUGUCGGCGGAAGAAAAGGAGGCAAGGGUCGCUACAAGAAAGUGUCUCUUGCGGCCGCUGAGGCCGCGAGCCGCAGGGGCACCGCCGAUUCUUCUGGCGCCGCUACCACCGCCACCACUGCCGCUGCCACCCCUACCACUGGUGCGGCAACCUGCGCCGCUGAGCCGUGCGCCGCUUCGUGCACCGAGCCGCGCGCUGCCCAGCCUGACUUCAACCGCGCUAUCGCCGCGAUCCUGCAAAUUUUGCAGGCCAUGCAGGCCGGCAGUGACCCCGCGCCGCUCUUCGAGCGUGCUGCGCGGGAUCUCCGCAACAGCAGCGCCCCAGCCCGAGACCCGCGCCGAUAA